AUGGCCGGAACAACUGCUGCAAUAUCUGUAAUAUUUUUAUUUUAUUCUAGGCAACAACUACAAUAUUUAUUGAAUUUAGUAUGCAGUACAGCACAACCUACGAACGUUACAAAUCGAGAUGCAUGUAUCUCUUGCUUCUCUAGAGUCACAUCUAUGCCAGAGGGACCUCAAGAAUUGAAUUCUCUAAGUGUUUGUGGUGUCCAAUAUUUUGCGAAUACUUCGUACGCUGGAUGUGCCGCGGCCCUAAUGGCCUUAUCAACAUCCGCUCUUAAUGUACAACCGUCAGGAUGCUAUAUGGGAUAUUGUGAUUUUGUUCGCUGCUUGAGGAGAACUAAUUCAGUUAACCUGAUAACUCAAUGUACGAGAGAAGCUAGAACCGGUGUAAACAUUACUCUAGACAAUGACAAUGUACGGUUUUAUACAAAUGUCACAUCUUGUAUAUUAGCGAAAACUAGAUGUGGUCCUUUUAACCCCAUAACGGGAGAGCCUCAAACGCCAGGUUACACGUCAACCGGAAUGAGAGUGAGCAACGCACUACAGUUUUCAGAUAAUGGAGAACUCAGAAUAUUGGCAUUUUCUGCAGCUACACCCGUAUCGUCAUCUUUUUGCUCUGCAAUGAAUAAUUUAACCCAAACAAAUUGGCUGACAAACGUAUGCUAAUUGAUUUGGGCUAGAUUUUUUUUACUUACUACUUGCCUUGGUCCUCAAAAAUUAUAACUAGUAUUUAGCACGUCAAUUGGCAAUUUGAUUGGACAGUAAGGAAAAGACAAACUUAAAAUUACAUUACAUUUUCAAAAUAAGACUUGCGCCAGUUUUAUUUUGAAUAUAGUUUUGAAUCAUAGUUUAUAAACAGUGACAGUCCAAUAAUUAAGAAAAUAAAGAUUUUAAACAGUUA